CUAUAAGAUCAUCAAUUUUGCUCCAAGUCUCCUACAAAUCAUAGUAUCAGAUCAAGUUGAAUUCCCAGUGCGGCAAGCAGCUGCCAUAUACCUGAAGAACAUGGUGACGCAGUACUGGCCGGACCGUGAGCCACCUCCUGGAGAAGCAGUAUUUCCAUUCAACAUUCAUGAAAAUGAUCGUCAACAGAUUCGUGAUAACAUCGUAGAAGGAAUAAUUCGUUCUCCUGACUUAGUGAGAGCCCAGCUGACCAUGUGCCUCCGGGCUAUCAUUAAACAUGACUUCCCCGGCCACUGGACAGCCGUGGUAGACAAGAUAGGCUACUACUUGCAAUCUCAGAACAGUGGGAGUUGGCUUGGCAGCCUCCUGUGCCUGUACCAGCUGGUGAAGACUUAUGAGUACAAAAAAGCAGAGGAGCGAGAUCCUCUCAUAGCAGCAAUGCAGAUAUUUUUGCCUCGGAUUCAGCAGCAGAUGAUCCAGCUUCUGCCCGAUAACUCCCAUUACUCUGUACUGCUUCAGAAACAAAUCUUAAAAAUCUUCUAUGCUCUUGUUCAGUAUGCGUUGCCGCUCCAGUUGGUGAACAACCAGACUAUGACGCAGUGGAUGGAGAUCUUCCGUACCAUCAUUGACAGAAACGUACCUCCAGAGACUUUGCAAAUUGAUGAAGAUGAUAGACCGGAGCUGGUGUGGUGGAAAUGCAAGAAGUGGGCAUUGCAUAUUGUAGCUCGUCUUUUUGAACGGUAUGGAAGUCCUGGAAAUGUAACUAAAGAAUACUUUGAAUUCUCAGAGUUUUUUUUAAAAACUUACGCAGUGGGCAUACAACAGGUUCUUUUAAGAAUCUUAGACCAAUACAGGCAAAAAGAAUAUGUUGCACCACGUGUUCUUCAGCAAACGUUAAAUUAUCUGAACCAAGGGGUUAUUCACUCUGUAACAUGGAAGCAAAUGAAGCCACACAUACAGAGUAUAACAGAAGAAGUGAUAUUCUCUCUAAUGUGCUACAAAGAUGAGGAUGAAGAGCUCUGGCAAGAGGAUCCAUAUGAAUAUAUCCGCAUGAAAUUUGAUGUGUUUGAGGAUUAUGCAUCCACUACAACAGCAGCACAGAAUCUCCUUUAUACUGCUGCAAAGAAGAGAAAAGAGGUAUUACCAAAAAUGAUGGCAUAUUGCUACCAGAUUCUGACAGAGCCAAACAUUGAUCCAAGGAAAAAAGAUGGAGCUUUGCAUGUUAUAGGAUCCCUAGCAGAUAUUUUACUGAAGAAGAGUGUCUUCAAGGAUCAGAUGGAGCUGAUGUUACAGAAUCAUGUGUUUCCAUUGUUCAUGUCUAACCUGGGGUACCUCAGAGCCAGAUCCUGUUGGGUACUUCAUUCAUUCAGUGCUUUGAAAUUUCACAAUGAGCUGAACUUGAGGAAUGCGGUAGAGUUGGCAAAGAAGAGCCUGAUUGAUGAUAAGGAAAUGCCUGUCAAAGUAGAAGCAGCCAUAGCUCUUCAGACGUUAAUAAGCAACCAGGAGCAAGCCAAGGAGUAUGUGAAGCCUUAUGUAAGGCCAGUUAUGCAAGAGCUCUUGCACAUUGUUAGAGAGACGGAAAACGAUGAUCUCACCAAUGUCAUCCAGAAGAUGAUCUGCGAGUACAGUCAGGAGGUCGCUACUAUCGCCGUUGACAUGACUCAGCACCUGGCUGAAAUAUUUGGUAAAGUACUUCAGAGUGAGGAAUAUGAGGAGGUAGAGGACAAAACAGUUAUGGCCAUGGGCAUCUUGCACACGAUUGACACUAUCCUGACAGUUGUGGAAGAUCACAAGGAGAUAACUCAACAGCUUGAGAGCAUUUGUUUGCAGAUCAUUGGCCUUGUUUUGCAGAAACAUGUUAUAGAGUUUUACGAAGAAAUUCUUUCCUUGGCCUACAGCCUGACAUGCCAGAUGAUUUCACCUCAAAUGUGGCAGCUUUUAGGUGUUCUAUACGAGGUUUUCCAGCAGGAUUGCUUUGAGUACUUUGCAGAUAUGAUGCCUCUCUUGCAUAAUUAUGUGACCAUUGACACCGAUACUUUACUGUCUAACCCAAAGCAUUUAGAAAUAAUUUAUGCUAUGUGUAAAAAGGUGUUAACAGGAGAUGCAGGAGAAGAUGCAGAGUGCCAUGCAGCCAAACUCCUAGAGGUGAUUGUUCUUCAGUGCAAAGGACGGGGUAUUGACCAGUGUAUUCCACUCUUUGUGGAGGCUGUUCUGGAGCGAUUAACCAGGGGAGUUAAAACCAGCGAGCUUCGUACCAUGUGUCUUCAGGUUGCCAUAGCUGCACUCUACUACAACCCUGACCUGCUCCUGCACACCUUAGAGAACAUCAGAUUUCCACACAAUCCUGAGCCCAUCACUGCACAGUUCAUAAACCAGUGGAUGAAUGACACAGACUGUUUUCUGGGACUCCAUGACAGAAAGAUGUGUAUAAUAGGACUGAGCAUCCUAAUGGAAUUGCAGAACCGACCGCCUGCGGUGGACGCUGUGGCUGCUCAGAUCGUCCCUUCAGUCCUCCUCCUCUUCCUGGGCUUAAAACAAGUUUGCGCCUCACGAGAACUCACAGAACAUGAGGAUCAUGCUAAAGAUGAAAAGCACAUUGCAGAAGAUAAUGAAGAGAUACCGAGUGAUGAGGAGGAGACAAAUGAAGUGAGCCAGGCGAUGCAAGAGAACCAUGGUGGAGGAGGAGGAGGAGGUGGUGGUGGUGGUGGAGGUGAAGAGGAAGAGGAUGAAGAUGAUGAUGAUGAUGACUGGGAUGAAGAUGCGUUGGAAGAGACUGCCCUUGAAGGGUUCAGCACACCUCUUGACCUUGAAAAUGGUGUUGAUGAAUACCAGUUUUUUACGCAAGCACUUUUAGCGGUGCAGAGCCGAGAUGCAGCAUGGUACCACUCGCUGACAGCACCACUGAGCGAAGAUCAGAAGAAACAGCUGCAGGAAAUUUAUACAUUAGCAGAACACCGGAGAAACGCUGCAGAGACUAAGACAAUAGAACAACAAAGUGGCUACACAUUUGACAACAAAGGACUGAUCACAGCGUUAAACUUUGCGGGAGGUACUCCUGGUGGCAACUGAAGGAUCAACGACAAAGGUCAAUGGGAAGGGUCUCAUCAUUACAUUUUCUUGAAAUCAUCGUGACUUCUGAGUGACAGGGGAGGGUAAUUUAAUGCUGCUGAAGGUUUCCUGGAAAAUCGCAGUGCGCUCCCCCCACCAGAAUGUUCUUUCUUAACCAGCUACUGUAAUGUACAAAUUCUUGUGGUGUUUUUAUAAUUGGGAUGGACUGAAAGGAAGCUAUUUGUCCUCAAGGAACCUGAAUGACUGGGAGGGGCCAGGCUGCAUCUAAUCGAGUUGCACUUCUCAGGUUUUUGCUGUGCAGGAUUGAUAGAUUCAUAUGGAUAACAGUGCCUUCUGUUGUACGUGGGUUGCCUGAACAAAUGGAUUUUGGAGUGCAUUAUAAUUUUGUAAGUGUAAGGACAUUUCUUGAUACACUGUAAGCCUUGGUUCCAUGUUUUCCAGUCACCUGCUUUUUCCUACUCGGUUUAAUCGUUUGUUGGUUGCGUACACAUUGCUGGAUUCAGAAGAUUAUCUUCCCUAUUUGAUGGAGACCAGGGAGGUAUCUGUUGAAGUUGCAAAGCAUGCACUGGUUACAUCAAAAGUCUUAACAAAAUUGCAGAUUUUCCCUUGA